CACGAACGCUUGGGACCUCCCAGUACAGACGCUUGGGGGAUGAGUGCGAGUGUCUGUACGGCAACAGUGUGCUUUUACCCGGGACGCUUUUCUUGGAUGUGUUGCUUAUGGCCCAUUCAAAGAGUAAAUCUUUCUGUCUAUGGUCGUUAACGAUGUGACCAUUUUUAGGACGAAACUGCAACUGAUACUGAACAGAAAGUGACUGUUACGAAAAUGGAGGCAGUGUGAGUUUACAACGACCUCGCUAGCUGUGCAGUAUGUGGUGGGAUGGAUGAGGAGGAGCAGAACCGCUAUGUGGCCCAGUUGAAGGCUGAGUUUGACAGCUGUGACACCACCGGCACAGGUUACCUUGACAAAGAAGAGCUUACUGCCUUAUGCCACAAGCUGAGCUUAGAUGCCCAUCUCCCCUUGUUGUUGGACACUCUGCUAGGACCACAGCAUUAUGCCAGGGUGAAUUUUGAGGAGUUUAAGGAGGGCUUUGUGGCUGUGCUGUCAAGAUCUUUGGACUUCAGUACUUCAGAAGAAGAGAGCAGCUAUCUUGAACCAGCAGUCCCAGAGGAGGUGAAGCCUAAAUAUGUGAAGGGAGCCAAAAGGUAUGGACGGCGAUCACGGCCAGACAAGACUGACCUGGAGCUCACAGCAGACUCAGAAGACUCCCCACCAUUUGCAACAGACAAAGUAGAAACAAAUGGUUUGAGGAGAGCCAAGCUCAGGCGCUCCACCUCACUGGAGAGUGUUGAGACUCUCAAGUCAGAUGAGGAUACAGGAAGCAACAAGGAGUCCACACACCACUAUUUUGUGGCACAAGGCCAGUUGAAGCUCUGGAAUCAAGAUGGCACAGGAAGUCUUCAGCAUUCCCCCGACCCUCAACAGGAAGUGACAGAUGGGCAGGUGAGGACAGUAUGGGAGGAGCUGGGGGUUGGCGCCGCAGGAUCAUUAAACCGUGAGGAGCUGUCACUCGUCUGUGACCACAUCGGCCUCAAGGACUUAAAAUCAGAGGAGUUAGAUGUUCUCUUCUGGAAACUGGACAAAGAUCAGGACGGGAGAGUCAGUCUCAAUGAGUUCCAGAGCGGUUUAUUCAGACAACAUGACCUUGCACCCAUCUCUACCUCCACCCCUGCCCGACCCAAACCUCAGUGGUCUGUCUCAAAGGCCCUUGAGGAGCGUGUGGUGCGUACCACCUCCCCUUCAUUACUGUCAGCCACUGUGGGUCAGAGGCUGCUGACCCGGCUGGAUGAUGGAUCGGGAUGCACAAGCCCAGAGAAAAUCAUCUCCCUCUGGACGGAGGAGGGCAUUCACAACAGCAGGGAUAUUCUACAGACUCUAGACUUUUCUCUGGAGGAGCGAUUGUGUCUGGCUGAACUCACUCUGGCCUUGGACAAUGAGCUUCUGGUCAGUGGAAACGGCAUCCAUCAGGCUGCUCUGGUCUCCUACAAGAACGAGAUCAACUACUUGCAAGUUCUUGCAGACCAGGCCGGUCAGGAGAGGGACAAGGCCAAGGCUGACCUGGAACUGGCUGACCGCCGCAACCUGCAGCUGGUCAGAGAGGUGGAUGAUCGCCAUGCCAACAUGGAGUCUCUCAAUGAAUCUAAAAUCAAGGGUCUGGAGCAGGAGUUCCGGGAUAAGCUUUCAGCACUGAGGAGUGAGUCGGAGUAUGACAGUGAGGUGCUUCUAGAGCAGGUAGAGAAGGAACGGGAGAGACUCAGAGAAGAGAUAAAGCUGCUCAGGGCUCAGGAUGCUAGUCUACAGGAGGAAGUUUGCACUGCUGCCAAGGAGAACAGUCGUUUGGAGGAGGAGGUCAGUCUUCUGAAGGAAAAGCUGUCUGAAGCUGAGAGCACCAUCUCUAAACUACAGAAAGAACUAGACCACCUGUUACAGGACAAGUAUGGUGGCCUUGAUCCAAAUGGGACAGGACUGCUAAAUCAAGAAGAGCACUUCUCAGAGAUCAUUAAGGAGUAUGAGCAGCAGUGCAGGGAGCUGCAAGACAGGAAUGACGAGUUACAGUCAGACCUGGAGUUGUUGAAGUCUCAGAGCUCAGGAAGGAGAACCAGACGAUCAAGGGACAGCCUCUCUGGUCAUACAUGGUCAAGCCGAAAAGCUUUAACCACUGAAUCAGAUUCUGAUGAUCCUGAAAUGAAGAAAGGUACAUCUCCUCAGGUCAGAAAAAAGCUUCAGGUCACUAACAAGAAUGCUUUGGGUUUCUUGGAGAGUUUGUCUCCCCCUGUAAGCAUCAAGACAGAACUGGCCAUGGAGCAGCUGAAAGAAAGAUACGAGCAGGAAGUUCAAGACUUAAAAAUCCAGCUGGAGACCAAGGUGAACUUCUAUGAGCGCAGUAUGGAGCUGAUGCGUCAGAAUAUGGAGGUUGAGAGAAAGGACAUCUCGCAAAGCUUUAAGAUGGAGAUCAGUGAAUUGGAGGACCAAAAAGCCCAGGCAGAGGAGCGGGUAGACCAGAUGCGACAGGCUAUUGAAAGACUGGAAGCAGAGAGGGGUAGGACUGCUGGAAGAGUCAUGGGUCCAGAGCAGGAGCGGCGCAUUCAGCGCGAGCAGGCCGAACUGGAGCAGAACUAUGCUCGCGAGAUCAGUAACAUUGUAUUGCGCCUUACCUCGGAAAAAGAACAGCUGGAGGCAGAACUCAAGCUAAAAAUGGACCAGGAGGUGCUGCUUGUUAGGGAGAAGGCAGAGCAGCAGUUAUUGCACAUGAAGGCUCAGCACAGUGAGGCUCAGCGCAGCCUACUCCACCAGCUGCAGGAGCAGUCUGAGCAGCAUCGCAGAGAUGUUGGUGCAUGGGAGUCACGAGUACAGGAGAUUGAACAGGAAGCGCGCAGGGAGCGUCUCCUCAGCACUGAGCGUUGGGGUGAAGAACAAGCUCAGAUCUGUAGUAGGGUGGCACAGGAAAGAAAGAAACUGGAGGAGGACCAUCAGGAAGAGAUCAGGCAGCUGAGAGAACAUAUCCAAUUCAUGGAAGAUCAAGCCGAGCUUGCAUCCAGAGCUGAGGAGGAGUUGCUCACACUACAGAAACGGCUAGAAGAUAAGCUGGAAGAGAUGUGCGUACAGCUGGAGGACAACACUGUUUCCAUGAAAGCACAGGAUGCCCUCAUUCAACGUUUGACCUCAGAGCUGCAUGCCAAUGAAAAGGAAAUGGCGCUUCGAAAUGAGAGAGAACAAAAGCUUGGUGAUAAACUGUCUCAGGUAGAGCAAAAGCUUAAAGUUGAGCGAGAUAGAAGGCAAGAGCUUCUAAGGCAAAAGGAGCAAAUACAGAAAGAUACUGAAAAAAUUGUUCAGGAUAAGUUAUCGCAGCUAGAGGAGAAACUUGUACAGGAAAAAGAGAAGGAACAGGGGCUUCUUGAUCAAAUUUCCAAUUUGACAAAAGAGUUGGAGAACCUGAGGUCCCAAUCAGAGACUUGGCAGAAGGAGAUUGAAAUGAUGCAGGGCAGCAGUAGUCAUCUAUCCAAUGCAUUUCAACAGCAAACACAGUUGAGGGAACAUGACAAAGAACUAGUAGAGCUUCGAGAAAACUUGGUAAAAACACAUGAGGCAUUGAAAAACCGAGAUGAAGACCUUUCGAGGCAGGCUUCCAAGCUAAACGGCGUUGAACUGGAGAGAGACAGACUCAUAGAGGAGCUCAAGGGUCAAUGCAGUGUUCUCAAACAGCUACAAAUGCAGGUCAAUAGUCUCACGGAGGACUGGGAUCAAAUGAACAUGAUGGAACAAAACCUUCAAUGCUCCCUUCGUAUGGAACAGGGUAAGGUUGCAGAGCUCCAAACCCUUCUAAACUCGGAGCAAGAAGAGACAAGGCGCCUUGAACAAGAAAACUCUAGUUACCGGCGAAUUGCAGACCAGCUGUCAUCUCAGUUAGUUGAAAUGGAGGCUGAGUCAACAAAAGUUAAAGAGAACAUUGAUAAACUUACACUGGAACUGCAAAACAAAGACCACCAAAUUCAAGAAUUCAACUGUCAGCUGGAAGCCAAAGCCAAAGAGAUGGAUUUGCUCUGGAACGAGGUUCAGCUAAAGAUUAACCUGUUUAAGAACGUCAGUCAACUCUCAAGUCAGGUUCAGCUUUUGACCAACCAAUUGGAAGACAAAAAAAGAGAGCUGUGCUCUCUGAGGGAAGAGGCUGACAAUACCAAUAACCAGCUACAGCAAUUGCUGAUGGACUCUCAAGCAGAGCUUCAGCAGAUGGAGGCGGCAUUUGAAUGCGAGAAGAUCCAAUUUAAAGAACAGCUUCUUGAGAUGGAGGGGCUUGUCAUGGCUUUAGAACUGGAGAUGGACCCAGCCAAUCCCCACAGGGCGAAACUUGAUGAGGUCAACUCUGAAAAUAGUGCACUGAAAGAUCGGCUUGCUGUCUUACUGCAGGAUGUCAAGUUGCUUGAAGAGGAGGUGAACAAAAAGAGGAGGAAACUUGAGGAGAUGGAGAGAGAUUAUAUGAAGACUCGAGAAGAGGAGGAAAGGUUGCACAAAGAGAAUUCCAAAUAUCGAGAAGAGGUCCUUGAUCUCAGUGCAAGAAACCUGAAGCUUAGCAGCGAGAACGCUGAACUGAGCUCCCAGCUCUGUACUGAUCAAAGAGCAGUCCAGACGCUGACUGACAGGCUAGCACAGAUGUGUCAGGAGAACGAUAAGGCAGCUGCCUCUCACAGACAGUUGCAGGAAACUCUACAGAAGAAGGAAAGCGAGACACUAAAGCUCCAGGAACAAUGGCAAAAAGAAAGGGAGCUUCUUGAGAGGGAACUUAAAACUGCCAAUGAGAAGCUCCAGCAUUUAACAGUUGUUGAGUCUGCAUUGACUAGUCAGACUCUAAAAAACCAAGCACUAGAGCAAGACAAGGACCACUUGUUGAAGGAUAUAGCAGAUAGAGACCAGGAGCUGGAAAAGCUUCAGGAAUCUCUCCGCAACUCUGAAACCCAGAUAGAACAGCUCAACUCCCAGCUCUUGACUAUGUGGCAAGAAAAGGAUUUCCACAUCCAGGAGGUAGCUACACAUCAAAAGAUGCUGCAACAAUCUCAGGAAAAGGUCCAGGAGCUUGAAGACAGCAUGAAUCGGCUGCGCAGAGAGAAAGACCAGUUACAUCAGACCCACAGGCUUCAGGAGGAGACGGCAGUCUGUGUUCUACAGAAAGAGUGCAAGAGCUUGCGAGCACAGAAUGAGGAGCUUCUUUAUAAGGUGGCUCAGCUGAAGACUCAGGAGCAGGAACUUCAGAGGCUGACACAGGAGUGCCACACUUUUAGGAACACGCAGGCAGAGCUAGAGACUGCUAAACAAAAGGCAAUUGAACAGGCACUAAGGGCUGACAGUGCUCUAUCGCUGAUCCAGGCUCAGCAUACACGUGAGGUACAUGAGCUGCGAGAACAGGUGGGGUCUGGCACCCGAGAGCACCUGGCCCACCUGCAAACUCAACUGGCUGAGCAGCAGCGCAGGACGCAAGACGUAGAAGAUCUGCUUCGCUCUCAGGCCAAACAGGCCAAUGUUCAGAUGGGCCUUCAGCAGGAACAGUAUGAGAAAUUGAUGGGGAGCAUGCAGGAGCGCAUGGAUGAGGUUGAUGCCAAGCUGAAAAUCACCCGCAUGAUGCUACAGGAGAAAGUCAACCAACUAAAAGAACAGCUGGCCAAAAAUGCCAAGUCAGAUCUACUGCUGAAGGACCUCUAUGUGGAGAACUCUCAGCUCAUGAAGGCACUACAGGUGACUGAGCAAAGGCAGAAAAGUGCAGAGAUGAAAUCCUUCCUCCUGGAGGAGAAAGUGAUUGCCCUUAAUAAACUGCUGCGCAAAAUUGCCCCAGCAUCCCUCACUGCCUAGAGCGGUUUCCUUCUACAAUCCUUUACCUGUUGUACUGGACUGCAAAAGACCCACCCUAGGGCACUUUUGUGUUUUGGUGCAACCAGUAAGCAAUCUUUGUGUUAAACUGAAGGUGCAAGUAAUGCAAGUCUUACAUAUACAUGUUUUACUUCAAUCAUGUGCUACGUUCAACAGUACAAAAUGACAAAUUGUAAGUUAAUUUAAGUGUUAUGGUCUCUUCAGAGGCAAAUGAAUAGCAAUGAACAAGAUCUUUGCAAUACAUUUAGGUUUGAUUGUCAAGGACGUUACAUUACUAAUUCCAUUUGCUCUUUGCGUUAACGGUGACGUAGGGUACGAACUGCAAAUGUUAACUGUUGGAUCACGUCAGGCUGUUCAGUAAAAACAGAAGCAUUCUUUUUGUUUUAAUGCCUGUUUAUGUGCAGUAACCAAAAGCACAGUAUUCAUACAAUGUACAGUUUUGAUACAAAUGCUCUCUUGAAAUUGCACAAUUUUCAAUCAUGAUGCACUAAUGUACACUUAUAAUUUAUAUCAAAGUGUUGCAAGAAUUGUCUCUUUUGUACACCUUGUUUAUACGAGCUGGAUAAUCGUUGGGAGAAUAAAGCAUGACACCA